AUGAGCUUCUCGUUCCCCGGCGUCCGCGAGGACUUCUUCCGCGCGGGCGUCAAACUCUCGCCCGCGCGCGGCGAGCGCGCGUCCUACGGCGCGUCCCCGCAGCUCGGCCCCGGCCACGGCACGCUCGAGCACGAGCGUCGAUGCGCGCUGGACGACGCCUUCCGCAACGCGACGCACGAGAUCUCGACGCGACUCGCGAUGGUAGCGAGGGCGCCGCGGAUACGAUGCGAGGCGUGGAUCAAGAAGCUCAGCGAGCCGGAGAAAAACGCGGCGUGGAAGAAGAACCGGAACAACCACGCGAGGUUGCUGCUGCAUCAGCUCGGCGUCGGACGCCUCGAGGCGCCGUUCGAUAAGAUGCCCUACGACGGACGCUUGGCGAUGUUGCCUCCGCACGCGUUGUACUGCCUCGCGUUCGGCGGCGGCGGCGGCGGUGGCGGGCUCUCCGGCGGCAGCGGCCGGUGGAACGCGCGACGCGCGUCGAAAGAGUGUUCCAACGAUCGCCGCCGCGGGCCGUUCCUCGAGAGCGUCGGGAAGACGUCGUACCGCUCGUUGCUCGACGACUUUGGCCCCAUCGGCGGCGGCCCGAACUCGCCGACGACGCGCGCGAGCCUCGAGGACCUCCUCCGACGCGCGGAGGCGUCGUGCGCGAUGACCGCGAUGACGACCUCCGCGGACCCGGCGGCGGCGGCGUAUUCGGCGGCGAUGGAGGACAUCGCCGUGCCGCUCUCCGAGCGGACGAAGCGCGCGACCGACGCGGCGAAGAGAGCGAAAGCGGACGCGGACGCGGACGCGUCGGCGUCGGGGGGUGGGUUUUCGAGAAGCAAGAGCAAGACGAUCGUCACGCCGACGAAGCGGGAGCGGGGGAGGGGGUCGACGACGGGGGGCGCGGGCGGCGGCGGCGGCGGCGUCGUCGUCGUCGGCGACAGCGAACACGUCAACGAGCUCGGGGCGAUUCGCGAGCGGUGCCGGGAGCUCGAAUACAGGUGCGACGCGCGUGCGUUUUCUUUUUUAUCUUCUCGCGCGAACGACGACGACCAAUCACGAUCCUCCACGUCAUCAUCGACGCUCACCGAUCGCGGUCCUCCACGCGUCGUCAGGCUCGGACGCGCGGAGGAAAUCGCGACGGCGUCGCGGCGCGAGAGCGAGCUCGCGAAAGAGGCGCUCCUGAAGACGCAAAAGGCGAAAGGCGACGAGUUGAAAGCGCUUCGAAUCGCGCACAAGAAGGAGAUCGAUCAGCUCAUCGAGACGUUCGAGCGGCGGCGGAGCGGGGACGUCGGGGAUAUGCUCCGCGGGGACGCCGCGGGGACGGGGACGGGGACGGGGACGGGGGGGACGCCGCGAAGAGCCGCGGCGCGGUCGCUUCCCGCGUAUUCGCCGAUACCGAAAGACCCGAGGAAGAGCGCGGAGGAGUUCGAGUCGUACUUGAAGAAGUUCCAGGAGCAGACCGCGGAGUUGAAGCUACACGCGAAGUUCGCGACGGCGGGGAGAUGA